AUGAACCAGACAAGGCGAAAGAGACGACCUGAAUCUUCUCUCUCUAGGCUCGAAUCGCUCUCGCCGGAAAUGAUUUUUCCGACCAAGUCACCGGCGCUGAUUUCUGCGCGCGUCAGAAACAUCUUCCUGUUGCUCACCUUUUGUUUCAUCAUCUACAUCCUCUUCUCCUACGGAACUUUCCGCCGAGAGCGAAUCUCAUCGAUCGCUCGCUCCUUGUCUGUGUUCUCCACUCGACGCCGUCACUUACUCUUCUCGAUCGCCGCCUCUCACGACUCUUGGCUCCGCCGUAGCUCAUAUGUUCGUCUCUGGUACUCUCCCGAGUCCACGCGCGCAAUCGUAUUCCUCGACCGCGGUGGAUUAGAUCCCGAUCUCAGUCUCCCUCCGGUAAUCGUCUCUAAAGACGUCUCUAGGUUCCCUUAUAAUUUCCCCGGCGGUCUCCGAUCGGCGAUCCGCGUGGCUCGCGUCGUUAAGGAGACGGUGGAUCGGGGAGAUAAAGACGUGCGGUGGUUCGUUUUCGGAGAUGAUGAUACGGUGUUCUUCGUAGACAAUCUGGUGGCGGUUCUGUCCAAGUACGAUCACCGUAAGUGGUAUUACGUCGGAAGCAAUUCGGAGUUCUACGAUCAGAACGUGAGGUAUUCGUUUGACAUGGCGUUUGGCGGAGGAGGAUUCGCCAUCAGUGCUUCGCUUGGGAAGGUUCUUGCAAAGGUUCUGGAUUCUUGUUUGAUGAGGUAUUCGCACAUGUAUGGAAGUGACUCCAGGAUCUUCUCUUGCUUGGCUGAGCUUGGUGUUACAUUAACUCAUGAACCUGGGUUUCAUCAGAUCGAUGUAAGAGGGAACAUAUUUGGACUGCUUUGCGCACACCCGUUAUCUCCAUUGGUAUCACUUCAUCACUUAGACGCAGUCGAUCCAUUCUUUCCAAAAACGAACCGGACAGACUCCAUGGCUCGUCUCAUCGGUGCAGCGAGUUUAGAUUCCGCGAGGAUUUUGCAGCAGAGUGUUUGCUAUGACUCUUCAAACACAGUGACUGUUUCGGUUGUGUGGGGCUACGCGAUUCAAGUUUACGAAGGCAACAAACUCCUCCCGGAUCUUCUCACCUUGCAAAAGACAUUCUCUACAUGGAGGAGAGGGUCAGGGGUCCAAAGCAACUACAUGUUCAGUACAAGAGAGUAUCCCAGAGAUCCAUGUGCGAGACCGCUCGUCUUUUUCUUGGAUAGUGUGGGAUCAGAUGGAGGUGAAGGAACAUGGAGUAGCUAUAACCUUCAUAGUGUCGGAAACUGCCGCAGAACAGAAGCUGUUAAGCGUCUACAACACAUUCGAGUUUUGUCUCGUAAGCUUCCACUUAAUGUCGAACAGAUGAAUCCGCCACGUCGCCAAUGCUGUGACAUCUCGUCUCCUUAUAACAAAUCAAUGGUGAUUAAUAUAAGGCAAUGCAUGACGGAGGAGCUAAUCGCCAUGAACACGUCGUAG